AUGCUCUUCCUCAUUCUGCGCUCGCUGAUCCCCUCCACCACCACCAACAUCUACGCCUUCCUCUCCUACAACGUCAGCGUCCAGCCCUGGCAGUACAACACGCUGAACAUCUCCACGUCCGUCGCCUCGCUCCUCGCCUCCUUCCUCUACCAUCGCUUCCUCGUCGGCAAAAACCUUCUCGUCGUCGUCGUCGCCACCACCAUCGCUGCCUGCCUCACCGGCAUUCUGCAGAUCUACAUGGUCAGCGGACUCUUUAACGGAAUCACGCUCUUCUGGGUCUGCAUCGUCAUCAUGGACAUCAACUCCAUCGCAUCGCAGAUGGCAUUCAUCCCGCUCCUCAUCCUCGUGUCCAAAGCGUGUCCCACUGGCUACGAGGCCUCCAUGUGGGCCAUUUUCUUCUCGUUAAACGACCUCGCUGGCUCGAUGGGAGGCAAAUUCGUACGGGUGCGAGGAAAGCGUGAAUUGUAG